CGCUGCUAUAAGAGCCGAGCGGCCGCGCGGCCCCCGAGCCCGGCCCAGGGGAGCGGCGGUGCCCGGCCGCCGGCAUGCGACGCCUGCUCCUGGCACUGCUCUGCCUGGCGCUGGCGAAUGGGCUCAGACGGGUGGCCCUGGCGCGGCGGCGGUCGCUGCGGCGCUUGCUGCGGGACCGCGGGCAGCUCGGGCACUUCUGGAAGGCGCACAAGCUGGACAUGCUGCAGUACAGCGAGGACUGCGGCGCGCUCAGCGAGGCCAGCGAGCCCCUCAUCAACUACAUGGACGUGGAGUAUUUUGGGCAGAUUUCCAUCGGGAACCCGCCGCAGAACUUCACCGUGGUCUUCGACACCGGCUCCUCCAACCUCUGGGUGCCGUCCGCCUACUGCGUCAGCAAGGCCUGCGCGGCGCACGCGCGCUUCCAGUCCUCCCAGUCCAGCACGUACCAGGCCGUGGGCACCCCCUUCUCCAUCCAGUACGGGACCGGCAGCUUGACCGGGAUCAUCGGGUCUGACCACGUAACCGUCGAGGGCCUCACCGUGACCAACCAGCAGUUUGCGGAGAGCAUCAGCGAGCCCGGCCAGGUCUUCCUGGAAGCCGAGUUCGACGGGAUCCUGGGGCUGGCCUACCCCUCGCUGGCCGUGGACGGCGUCACCCCCGUCUUCGACAACAUGAUGGCACAAAACCUGGUGGAGCUGCCCAUGUUCUCCGUCUACAUGAGCGCGAACCCGGAGUCCGCCGUGGGAGGGGAGCUGCUCUUCGGGGGCUUCGACCCCUCCCGCUUCAUGGGCACCCUGAACUGGGUGCCGGUCACUCAGCAGGGCUACUGGCAAAUCCUCAUCGACAACAUCCAGGUCGGGGGGACGGUGGCGUUCUGCGCGGGCGGGUGCCAGGCCAUCGUGGACACCGGGACGUCGCUCCUCACGGGUCCUUCCAAGGACAUAAAAGAACUGCAGAAGUACAUCGGUGCCACGCCUGUGGACGGAGAGUACGCCGUGGAGUGCAACAACAUGAACGUGAUGCCCAACGUGACCUUCGCCAUCAACGGGGUCCUCUACACGCUCAAUCCCCUGGCCUACCUGCUCAUAGAGAAGAGCGACGGCAUGGACAUCUGCGUCAGCGGCUUCCAGGGCGCGGACAUCCCCCCUCCCGCCGGCCCGCUCUGGAUCCUCGGCGACAUUUUCAUUCGGCAGUUUUACUCGGUCUUUGACCGCGGCAAUAACCGGGUGGGCUUGGCCCCGGCUGUCCCUUAGGGCUGCGGCGUCUGACGGGACGGGGAGGAACGGGAGCUGUCGGGUUGCAUUUGUGGCCACUGCCUUGCGCAAGUCACUUAACUUCACCGCGUGCCUCAGUGUCCCCGCUCGGAGGUAGUGGCGAUACCGGGGCCGCGGCUGAAGAGCGCGAUGGGAGUCGGUACCUGCCGGGAGGCAGUUUCACGCUAAACAUAAAAAUGUCUUGGGCAGCUUUGCGGAAGCCGUUUUGGAGAUUCCUUUCUUUUUUUAACGUGGGCCAAUAAAGAGUAAUAAAACAGAAAGUGUCCUUCUC